CCCGCAUCCAACUAUGACCACACGUGCAUUCCUGCCGCAAUAUGAACCAGGGAAAAAGUUGCGUUUAUUUUCUACUGAAUCAUAGAAAUAUCUUAGCGAUAAAAGGUGCCCCUUUUUGUCUAUACGAUGAGUACUGCCAACGCGAAGCGGUCUCGAGCUCAGAAACAUCAGAACACUUUUGCAUUCAGAACCGGCCUUUACGGACUCACACGGCAGCAGAAAGCCGUACAAGAUUUACAGAUAUCAGGGGUGUGCGCCCGCUGCAAAGAUAUUCUCCAAUGGAAGAUCAAAUAUGGCAAAUACAAGCCAUUAACUGUAGCAAGCCGUUGCACUAAAUGCGAGCAAAAAAACGUCAAAAAGGCAUACCAUCAACUGUGUCAACUAUGCGCACUUAAAUGUAAUCUUUGUCCCAAAUGUGUCAAAACUCCGCCAAUAGCUGAGAGUACCGAUGGCACAGAUUACCAAAAUAGUGAAGCUAGCUUUAACGGAUAGGAAACCACAGGUUGCCAGCGAUUUCGCGACGUUUUGUUGUUAUUACGAGAAUGUCUGUUGUACACAUACUAUGUUGAAAAUAUACGACCUUGUUUACACACCGUAUUGUGGA